GUUAUAGUUGUGAUUAUAGAAAUGAACAAGCUGAUAAAUUAGCAAAAGCCAGUUGUUUUAUAGAAGUAAAUAGUAGUAAAAUAAUAGAACACAAAACAACAAUACUUGAUUAUUUUAAUAUAAUUAAAAAUUAA